GAGGGGUCCCGCCCCACCAUGAGCUCCGACUGCACCAGCUACCUGGGCGCCGACGGGGCGCUGGUGCGCGGCUUCAGCUGCCCGCGGGCGGACGGCGAGGCGAGCGCCCUGUACUGCUGCGGCUUCCAGGACGUCAAGUACUGCUGCGAUGACCCCCGCAGCUUCUUCCCCUACGAGCACGGCUACAUGUGGUGGCUCAGUGUUGGAGCACUUGUGGGUCUGUCAAUAGCAGCGGUGGUCCUGCUUGCUUUUAUCAUCACAGUGUGUGUUCUCUGUUACUUAUUUAUCAGUACGAAGCCACGCAACAAGCUGGAUACAGGUUUAAGCUUGCAGACAGCAGGCAGUAAGACUAGAAGUUGUUCUUUGUGAAAAAUAGAGAGGCACUGGACUGGAUUCUGCCAGUGCUGCAAUACAGUAGGCAUGGAACCAUAUCCUUCAGAAGGCACCAGCUGAAGCAGUGCAUCUGCAGAGCCAAAUGGAUUCAGGAAAUGCUUCCUUAGCCAUAAACUGGAUUGUGUUAUACCAAUAAAAUAAAAACCAGCAGGAUCUUAUUAAAGGGGAAAAGGCAAAAUGCCACAUUUAUUGUGAAUACCGAAAGAAUCAUAGUAAGCAGUUAGUUUAUA